ACAAUCAUCAUUUUACGCUGUUUCUUCAAAGUCAAACUGACAAAUAACUUAAGGUUUCUUGGUAUUUACGAGAAAAAAAACGCAUUUUUUCAAAAUGGUGAUCAUCCACAUAAAACAUGGCGACGAAAGUCAGUUUUUAUAUGAAACCCCCUUGGCCACACCAGUCGAUGACCUCGUAACGAAAGUGGUGGCCAUUUAUAAUGGAAGAUUGAAAAUUAACAGGGUUGGGAUGGAGAUGGAAGAGUUGGCCAAGCAUGGAACACUUUUACCACCAGAAAUUUUGGGCCUAACAGAAGACCAAGUGGACGAACUGAAGCUGAAAGACGAAUGGGGCGAUCAGUGCAUCCCUAGUGGGGGUUUUACCAUGAAUAAGGAUCCAGUUGGUAGAAGAAAUGGUAAACAACCCAAAAAAGCCAUGCAAGAGGUGUUGACCAAGGCAGUGAAAGAUGCAAAGGAAAUGGUUCAUAAAAAUUUGGUGCUUCAAGGAAAGUCCUUAACAAUGAAAGUGAUCCAGGAAGCAAUGAACAUCCUUAAAGGUGCAGUAACCAUCGUGUAUCCAAUGAAGUUGCCUCCUCACGACAUCAUACGUCAGGAGUUCGAGAAUAUCGAGGAUCUCUCAGGUACGCAAGCCUCCUUGGACAUUAUCGAUCCCACAACCGCUCAAGUAUGGUUCUGCGGUAAGGAAAUGUACAGGGAUCGGAAAACCGUUGGAGAUUACGUGGGUAAAAUUGAAAAUUGCAAGGUGAUAAUUAAGUUGACGAAGAGGGGACAAGGUGCUCCAGGCCGUGAGCCGAUCAUGUCGGAGGAGCAAAGGAAACAGCUGAUGUUGCACGCCUACAGGAGACAGGAAGAGUUGAAGAAGUUAAACGAGGACGACGAUGAUGCUUACUUGAACUCCGAGUGGGCGGAUAGUGGAAAUUUGAAGAAGUCGUUCCACGGACUUCAUAAUAUUUCUUGGAGAGCCAAAUAAGAACUUGGUCCAUUUUUUUAAUGGCUUUAUUUAAAAUAAGAAUAGUUUGAUGUAUGGAAUAAAUGAUUUAAAUGAACAA